ACCUCGCUGAAGAAUCUAGUAGCUGUCACGAAGGACCUGUUGGCUUUGAGAAACACUGAAGUCGAACAACUCUGUAAAAAUAUACAAAAUUAUGGAGGAAAGAAUUCAUUUGGAAAAAAUUAAGCAACAAAACAUUCUUAAUACUUUGUCUGAGUCUGCAAGGUUGAAUGAAGACAUUAAGGCACAGUACCAUUGUCAAAUGGAGAUGUUCAACGAUCUGCGAGCAAGGUACGAGGAGAAAGUGGCGCUCCUGGUGGCCGAGAACACGCAACUGUCAAGUUUAUUCGCGGAGCAGAACACUAACAUGUUGGGAGGAAGGGAGAGGAGACAUUGUGACAGUCCUGAAGAAAAAAGAGAGAGUGAGGAGUUAUUUGAUGUACUCGGCGAACGUAAACCAGACGAGAUAUCUACUGAUGUAGCAAGACACUAUAGGUGAUAGAAAAUCGUUAUGUGAGAUUCUGACUAAUAAAGAAGAAAAUGUAGUACCGAGAGAUCCUAAUAUUGAUAAAACCUUGUCCUGAUGUUGUCACUGAUGCAGUAACAGAGAAACAAAAGGGAUAUGGAGAGGGAGAAGUACAAGAAGGAGGAAUAAUGAAACUCAAGGGAGAUAACGAGGAGAAGAUUGCCACAUCAGGACCAGAGAUCAUUCAAUCUCAGGAAUUUACAGAAAAUGUUUUGUACAAGGAAAUAGCAGAACAGACAGGGCAGGGGGAGGGGGAGACGUCUUGUCUUACAACUGAUGUAUGACAUGUUUACAGUCAUUAUAAAAGCGUUUGUUGAUUAAACACUAGAUGUCUA